GUGAAAGUCCGGUUUCAGAGCCCAGCGAUUGCGAGUAAGUAUACGUCGACCUUCCAAGCCAUUGCUACUAUUAUUCGCGAGGAGCGGUUUAUUGGGUUGUACAAGGGAAUAACGUCGCCCUUGGCGACCGUGGCGUUGAUGAAUGGUCUCGUGUUCGCUUCCUAUCGUUUCCUUUUGAAGUUACAGCUUGAGGAUUCCUCAAGCACGCCCUCGAUAACACAGAUCGCGCUUGCUGGAGCGGGAAGCGGCAUCAUAUCUUCUAUUAUCACAACACCGACGGAACUCAUAAAAAUCCGUCAACAAUCCCUUCUGACCGAGACAACUACUCGGCAAGUUGCGUUGCAGGUUUUGAGAGAGAGUGGCAUAAAGGGCUUGUAUCGAGGUAUCACCGCAACGGCCCUGAGGGACAUCGGAUACGGUGCCUAUUUUGCAGCGUACGAAGCUACGUGCCGCUACCUUUCAACCCCAGCGGUGACGCCUCUGGACUCUUCGCUUAUAAUGGCUCAGGUAGAACCUGACAUGACUAAACUAUCGUGGCCCUCCCUUCUGCUGGCCGGAGGGGUUGCAGGAAUUGGUAUGCUCUUUUUUUGUCUUACGCCAUCAGUAUUACUGAUAUCACGUCCGUCUGCGGCCGGCUGGGUGGUCACUUUCCCAUUCGAUGUCGUGAAAACUCGUGUUCAAGGCAGCACCGCCGCACUUUCAGUACCAGCGGCAACGCCCAUACCUUCCCAGACUUCUUUUUCUCCGGAAGGCAUUAAUGUGUUUUUUCGUGGUUUGGCUCCUACCCUUAUUCGGGCUAUACCAGUUAACAUGGUCACCUUUGCCACGUUUGAGGCCGUCGUUCACGCUCUCUCAUGA